AUGCGCUCGGCUGGGCGUAUUUACACGCGACUCUCCAAGUUCAGCGUCUUACCCCCUGUUGUGUUAGACUUCAGCCAAAGUGAAAAACUCGAAAUAGUUGCCAAUGUGAAGAAGUAUUUGCAAUUUUUUCAUUUGGAAUACUACCCGAAGUUGGAACUUGAAGCUUACACGAACUUGACUUUUGAAUUUUAUACAACAUUCAAAUUUGUUAAAAAUGGUACAGAUGUCGUGUGUCGCCUUGGAGACAAGAGGAAGACGAUUGACACCGCUUUGAUGCAUCAAAUAUUCGGUUUUGUAUCUACGGGAGCUGAGGCACCUACGAAUGGUUUAAUUGUAGCUAGUAUUCAGACCUCGGAUAGGUUCUCCCCGUCUUUUGGUAUGUUAGUGGCGGCUUUGACACGUCAUUUCAAGAGUCCAAUGAGGGAAGAAGAUGUCGUGGAAGCCCAGCGACUUGUAAUUAAAUAUUUUUGCGCGGAAAGAAACGGGAGCACAGAGGCGGAGGAUACCGAUUUAAGGGGAAUGGUGAAGGAAAUAGUAGCCAGGAUGGAAUUUCUGAUGGAAGCAUUGGGUGGUGAAGUUGCUACCUUGAGACUUGAUCUGCAGCAAGUACAAGAUGAAGUUGCAACAUACAAAGAAUGGAUUGGAAAGUCCAUUCCCGAGUUACACAGCUGGCAAACUAAAGCAACUGAGUCGACAUGUUUGUCUCAAAGUGAGCAGAUAAGAAGAUUACAGAAGCAGCUUGCUGUCUCGAAGGAGUUGAAAGGGAACAUCCGUGUCUUUUGUAGAGUGAGGCCCUUUUUGUCCGAUGAUGGAGUCGGAAACAAUGCUAAAGUUGUCUCAUUUCCAACGUCACCGGAACAUUGGGACGAAGCAUUGAUUUGGCACACAACGGGCAAAAGCUUUCUUUCACUUUCGAUAAAGUGUUCAUGCCCGAUGCUUCUCAGGAAGAUGUUUUUGUGGAGAUCUCAUAGCUUGUUCAGAGUGCACUUGAUGGCUAUAAGGGGGUUACAUGGUUACAUGGUUCGUCAAGCCCAAGGAUGGAAGUAUGAUAUGCGGAUUUCAAUGCUUGAGAUAUAUAAUGAAACGAUUCGUGACUUAUUAGCACCAAAUAGAACAUGCUCUGAUGCCUCACGAGCAGAAAAUGCUGGAAAGCAAUAUGCAAUCAAGCACGAUGCCAAUGGAAACACUCAGGUUUUUGAUCUAACUGUUGUGGAUGUUCAAAGUAGCAAGGAGGUUUCUUAUCUCUUGGAAAGAGCAGCACAGAGCAGGUCUGUAGGCAAGACUCAAAUGAACGAACAGUCUUCAAGGAGUCACUUUGUCUUCACAUUGCGAAUAAUGGGUUUUAACGAGAACACCGACCAACAAGUGUGUGUCCUUAACCUGAUUGACCUUGCUGGUAGUGAGCGUUUGUCGAAGAGCGGAUCUACAGGGAAUCAACUGAAAGAAACUCAGGCCAUCAAUAAGAGUUUAUCAUCAUUAAGCGACGUUAUAUUUGCUUUGGCCAAGAAGGAAGAACAUGUGCCUUACAGAAACUCCAAGCUAACCUAUCUUCUCCAGCCUUGCUUAGGUGGAGACUCAAAGACUUUGAUGUUCGUUAAUGUUUCUCCGGAUCAUUCAUUAGAGGGUGAAUCACUUUGUUCACUUCGGUUUGCAGCUCGUGUGAAUGCUUGUGAAAUUGGGGUCCCAAGACGCCAAACGAACCUACGAUCAUAA